AUGAUCCUGGAUGGGGAGAUCACUUGCAACUUCUCUAAUGCGGCUAACUUUGUCGACAUUCACUUUACAAACGUGAAACCAUCUGACCUGGAGCAAGUUAUCAUCCUCUCCCUGGAGUCCGCUAAUGAAGAAACUCCAGUGAUCAUGACUACAGCGAUCAUGACUACAGCGAUCAUGACCACAGUGAUCAUGACCACCACCGUCCUUGAAAAUAGCGACGGAAAUUUCAGCAUCCGACGACAUCUUGAGUAA